AGUUAAUCACGGAUUUCGCAUACACUUUUAGCACUUUGUACUUUUUUUUUAGGCGAAGACGUUGCAUGUUUAUUAUAGUUUAUGCCCGCGCGAUAAAAUGAAGCUUCCAGAUAUUAAAAAGUUAAAAGUGGCUGAGCUGCGGUCCAGACUUACUGAACUCGGUUUGGACCCCAGAGGGCUGAAGGCUGAGCUGGUGGACAGACUGUGGUCUGCAUCACAGGCAGGACGGGACUCGGACAACGCGGAAGAAAAGACGAAACACCUGAACGAGAGCCCGCUGGUACCGGAGCAGACCGUGGAGCCUCCGUCAGAGGGCCGUGUUACUGCGCGCUGUGAAGUAGACCCUGUCAGACAGUACACAAACACCUCCACCCAGACUGAACCAGAACUAGAACCUGGUCCGUCAACAGUACAGGAGGGUUCUGGGUGUGUUUUAGAGUCUGAGCCCCUCUGCCUGGCAGGGGAAGCUGUGCUGGGACACACAGAAAGCCUUGCGUUAGAGAAUAUUAGCAGAGGAAGAGCUUUCUACGAGUUUAAAGAGGAGAUAAGAUACAAAAGAGCCAGAUCACCUCAGGGCCCCCUGGAGAAGGAAGCUGCAGAGGAGCGUGACGAAGAUAAAGUCACGUUUGCCACAUAUGAUUGUCACCUCCACUUUGAAGUGGGUCCGGAUGGAUCUUGUGGGCAGCCACGAUUCUGGGAUCGGUUCCCUCUGCUGUGGUCCGGCUGCAGGCUCAGCCAUGGUGUGCAGGAGGGCAGGGUGGGCUUUGAGGUCAGGCUGGAGAGGAAGCUGUUGGCUGGAGAGGCAGAAGACCAAGAGGUCAGAGAGCCGUACGGACUGAGAGUGGGCUGGUCAACAGCUGACACCUCUCUGCUGCUGGGCGAAGAUGAACGCUCUUUUGCGUACGAUGGGCGCAGUAAAAAAGUUUCUGGUGGAAAAGAAGAGGAGUAUGGUGAACCUUUCUCCGAAGGAGACAUCAUUGGCUGUUAUGCUUCUUUUUCGACAGAUGGCGCUGUUGAGCUCUUUUUCCAUAAGAACAGCUGUUUCAUGGGAAUUGCCUUUUCCCUUGAUGCCUCUGUGCUGCGUGGUCGUCCCGUGUUCCCUCAUGUACUAUGCAAGAGCCUCUCGGUCCGAUUGCUGUUGGACCCUGCGACCCCUCAAUGGCACCCGGGCCCACCAGGGUUUACUCCGCUGGCAGCUCUCCCUGUUGGGCAAAGAGUGCGCUCCACAUCAGCUCCUACCUCCAGAGCGCAGAGGGAGGUGGUGAUGAUGGUGGGACUUCCUGGCUCUGGGAAAAGCCUCUGGGUCCAAACUCACAUGAAGAAACAUCCAGAGAGGAAGUACAGACUGCUGGGAACAGAGGAGCUGCUCGCAUGCAUCAUGAGUGGGGGUCACAGAGACAACAGGCUGCAGCAGGCCUCUCAGUGUCUGACCGAAUUGAUCAAGUUGGCAGCAGAAACCCCUGGAAACUACAUCCUUGAUCAGUGCAACGUCCUCGUCUCUGCACGUCGCUACAAGCUGCAGCUGUUUGCGGGCUUCAUGCGCCAAGUGGUGGUGGUCUUCCCUUCAGCACACGAGUGGAGAAGACGACUGUCCCAGCAUCGGAUGAAUAACGGAGAGCACAUCCCUGAGACGGCACUGCUCAAACUCCAAGUUAGCUGCAGCCUUCCAGAGCCACAAGCUGACCUGCUGGAGGAGUUGCAGUAUGUCGAACUGUCACAGGAACAAGCACAAGCACUCCUGAAGGAGUACAAGGACGAAGCUCGCAGACUGCUGCCCCCUGUGCCCCAACAAGAGAAAAAGAAACCACGAUUUAACAAGAGGAGACGCCACCUUCAACUCCCACCACCCUCACAGAGGACCGGGCUUUAUGGUUGGAAUGAUGGAAGAACCUACACGCAAACUUGGAGCCAGCAGCCAAGAUAUUGCAGCGUACCUUACCAGGAUCAGAGUUACAGCUACUGGUAAAGAAAUCUGGGGGGGGGAGUGGCUGCUGCUGCGGAUGAUAACACCACUGAUGUCAAAUAUCAGCACCGUUUUAAUGUCCGGAGAUAAAUAUUGAACUUUCUGCGUCGACAUUCAAAGAUUUUUGUUAUUUCAGUGACAAAAAAAAACUUUAAAGGAUUUUUUUAAAAUUCAAAGUAUUUUGAUAAAUUUAAACUCGUGUUUGUAUACAGUACAAAAAUGGAUAAAUUUACAGUAUUUUGCAGAGUUUUAACACCAGUGUUGAAGUGAAUAAAUCUAACUUGAACACUU